AUGGAGGCUACAGGGAAUGUGAUCACGGUAGAUACUGGGAAUGUGACCACGGAGGCUACAGGGAAUGUAAUCACGGAGGCUACUGGGAAUGUGACCACGGAGACUACAGGGAAUGUGAUCACGGAAGCUACUGGGAAUGUGACAACGGUGGCUACAGGGAAUGUGAUCACGGUGGAUACUGGGAAAGUGACUGUGACCACGGAGGCUACAGGGAAUGUGAUCACGGUGGAUACUGGGAAUGUGACCACGGUAGCUACAGGGAAUGUGAUCACGGAGGCUACUGGGAAUGUGACAACGGUGGCUACAGGGAAUGUGAUCACGGUGGCUAUUGAGAAUGUGACCACGGAGACUACUGGGAAUGUGGCAACGGUGGCUACAGGGAAUGUGAUCACGGUGGCUAUUGAGAAUGUGACCACGGAGACUACUGGGAAUGUGAUCACGGAGGCUUCAGAGAAUGUGAUCACGGUGGCUAUUGAGAAUGUGACCACGGAGACUACUGGGAAUGUGACAACGGUGGCUACAGGGAAUGUGAUCACGGAGGCUACAGGGAAUAUGAUCACGGUGGCUACUGGGAAUGUGACAACGGUGGCUACAGGGAAUGUGAACACGGUGGAUACUGGGAAUGUGACCACGGAGGCUACAGGGAAUGUGACCACGGAGGCUACAGGGAAUGUGACCACGGAGGCUACUGGGAAUGUGACCACGGAGGCUACAGGGAAUGUGAUCACGGUGGAUACUGGGAAUAUGACCACGGUGGCUACAGGGAAUGUGAUCACGGAGGCUACUGGGAAUGUGACAACGGUGGCUACAGGGAAUGUGAUCACGGUGGCUACAGGGAAUGUGAUCACGGUGGCUAUUGAGAAUGUGACCACGGAGACUACAGGGAAUGUGAUCACGGUGGCUAUUGGGAAUUUGACCACGCAGACUACUGGGAAUGUGAUCACGGAGGCUACAGGGAAUGUGAUCACGGUGGCUUUUGAGAAUGUGACCACGGAGACUACUGGGAAUGUGACAUCGGUGGCUACAGGGAAUGUGAUCACGGAGGCUACAGGGAAUGUGAUCACGGAGGCUACAGGGAAUGUGAUCACGGUGGCUUUGAGAAUGGAAUGUGAUCACGGAGGCUACAGGGAAUGUGAUCACGGAGGCUACAGGGAAUGUGAUCACGGUGGCUUUGAGAAUGUGAUCACGGAGGCUACUGGGAAUGUGACAACGGUGGCUACAGGGAAUGUGAUCACGGUGGCUACAGGGAAUGUGAUCACGGUGGCUAUUGAGAAUGUGACCACGGAGACUACAGGGAAUGUGAUCACGGUGGCUAUUGGGAAUUUGACCACGCAGACUACUGGGAAUGUGAUCACGGAGGCUACAGGGAAUGUGAUCACGGUGGCUUUUGAGAAUGUGACCACGGAGACUUCUGGGAAUGUGACAUCGGUGGCUACAGGGAAUGUGAUCACGGAGGCUACAGGGAAUGUGACCACGAAGGGUACUGGGAAUGUGAUCACGGAGGCUACUUGGAAUGGGACAACGGUGGCUACAGGGAAUGUGAUCACGGUGGCUACUGGAAAUGUGACCACGGAGUCUUCUGGGAAUGUGACCAAGGAGGCUACAGGGAAUGUGAUCACGGAUACUACUGAAAUUGUGUCCACGGAGGCUUCUGGGAGUAUGACCACGAAGGGUACUGGGAAUGUGACCACGAAGGUUACUGGGAAUAUGACCACGGUGGCUACAGGAAAUGUGACAACGGUGGCUACUUGGAAUGUGACCACGGUGGCUACUGGGAAUGUGACCACGGUGGCUACUGGGAAUGUGACCACGGAGGCUACCGGGGAUGUGACAACGGAAGCUACUGGGAAUGUGACCACGGAGAGCUACUCGGAAUGUGACAACGGAGUCUAUUCGGAAUGUGAUAAGUACAUAUACUUGUAUGACAUACGAAAGAAUAGCGAAAGUUGUCAACUUGACUAG